AAGCGGUGGGCCGGUGGCGGGAGGAAGGCCGUGUCGCCGUCUGGCUGCGCAUCCCCAUCCUCCAGAGCGGGUUUGAAGCCGGCACGGGGAGCAGUCAGCAGGUAGCGAGCCUGCAUUGCCAAGUAGACCAGCAGCUGGUUUUCCUCCUGUCUGGAGUUUCCCACAGAGCGAACGCUGCGCAGCCAGGGCUAGUGCUCAUCGGGCCAAGUGAUGACAAAGGUGUGAAUAAGCAAGGGGCUGUUCUAGAUGAAAGCACUGGAAAGGUGUUGGUCGUACAAGACAGAAUUAGGACUCUCAAUGCGUGGAAAUUUCCAGGAGGUCUGUCUAAUCCAGGCGAAGACAUUGGAGACACAGCAGUUCGAGAGGUUUUCGAAGAGACUGGCAUUAAGUCAGAGUUCAAGUCCAUCCUAAGCAUAAGACAGCAACACAAACACCCCGGAGCCUUUGGAAAGUCAGAUAUGUACAUCAUCUGUCGCCUGGAGCCCUCCUCCUUCAAGAUCAGCUUCUGCCAGCAGGAGUGCCUGAGGUGUGAAUGGAUGGACCUCGAGGAGCUGGCUAGGACGGAACAUGCUACUCCCAUCACCAGCAACGUAGCUAAACUCUUACUCUACGGAUACCGGGAAGGGUUUAAUAAGAUUGACAUAACCAUGAGAGAGUUUCCAGCUGUCUACACAGGCCUGUUCUACAAACUAUACCACAGGGAGCUGCCCGAGUCCUACCGCAACAUUACGUGAGAGCAAUACAUUUCACAUUUCAUUACAUCAAUAAUUUAGAGUUACCACUGUAGUGUUACUUAGACUAUAUUAAAUUUAUCCAUGGAGUACUGUUUAGGUAAUUAUUAGUAAUUAUUUACUCUGUCCUCUAAUAAGCUGUAGAGAUAUAAAUUAUUUUAAAGGCAAAUAUUGCUGUAAGUGUGCAUAAGAUUGGUUUUCCUUUACUCCAUAAAGCAAACAUAAGGU